UGCUCUAAUAAUGGCUUCUUGUGACUCACCUGAUGCGUUUUCUUGGCUUCAAACUCUUCCUCCCCUCUCCCAAUGGAAAACAAAUUCAACAUCCAUGUGCAUUUGCUCUCCUAAUUCAUCACACCCAUCUUUGAACUUUUCUCUUACUCGUAUCCCUCAGUCUCCAAACUUUUUCACUUUCUCCAUAGUAGCCAACUUCAGGAAUCCUAUCUCUCUCUUUGUUUCAAAACCUUUCAGAACCAUUGGCACUAAUUCAACUAGGUUCCUCAAUGAAAGUAUCAUCUCUACCCUACUGAUGGGUUUUGUCGACGUAGUUCUCAACUAUAACGUCAAGAGAACCACUUGUGCAAUCAAAAUCCAAAAUCUAGGCUCCACUUCUAACCUCAAAGACGUGUUCAACCUCGCGUUCUUCACUUUCGUGUUCCUCAUCUGCAUCUAUGAGGCGCCCACGAGUCUACGAACAACUUGUUUGAAAACGGUGAAAGAUCAGCUGGUGACUUGUAGGUCAAGGCAGGGCUCCAAGUUGCUCAUGGUGCAACUAGGCUCGAACCUUGAAGAACAGUGGAUGAGAUCGUUAAAUCUUGCGAUAACCAACUGGAUCAUCGAGAUCAAAGCGUUUCAGCAUCUCAAAUCUCCUUCUCCUUUGUUUUCGUAUGCUUUCUCGACUCAAGGUUUGUGGAAAGUUCAUAUGUAUUGUCCUGUGGUAGCAAUGGAAAUGGAGAGCGUAAAUAGUGCUUUAAAUGACGAGAGAUUGUUCUUUUCUCUCAACUAUCAUCAACUCGAAGGUGUGAUCCAAUUCAACCACAGGAUUUACGUUCGUGAGAAGUGGUUUAACAUCGCCGUAAAUGUUGACAACGUCAGGUGCGACAUAAUAAGGCUUGUGAACGAGAAACUUCUAUCGGACCGUGGCAUGGGAACAGAGGAAAAACAUUUUCCUUCACGAAUAUCAUUGCAGCUAACACCAACGGUUCAAUCAAACAUCUUAAUGGUCUCUGUACAAAAAUCAUCAGAAAACCCAUUGACAGAAUUCGAAGUAGAGAAAGGCAUAGAAGCAGCAAUAGAGCCACCAAACACUUUCUUCGGACUCAAAGUCUCAGCCAACGAGACGACAACGAAAAGCAUGAAGCCAUGGAAGUUCGAGGAAUGGGUGCAUGGUUACAGCGCCAAUCUCACUUGGUUUCUCCAUGACCUAGACGAUGGAAGAGAAGUUUCAACCUCAAAACCAUCAAAGGUAUCGAGAAUGAACCCUCGAGCUUGGUUCAAGAACAGGUACUCAAGCGCGUUUAGACCGUUCACGAAGCAAGGAGGAGUUGUGUUUGCAGGAGAUAGCUACGGGCAAAGCGUUUUGUGGAAGGUUGAUAAAACGGCUAUUGGGAAAGUAAUGGAGUUUGAGGUUAAAGGUUGCGUUUGGUUGACUUAUUGGCCUAACAAGCAUCAUACUUUUUAUAGUGAUACUAGAAAGUUGGAAUUUAAGGAGAUGCUUUACCUCAAUCUUCCCUAGAUUUUUUAUUUUCUUUUAUUACUUUAUCCCUAAGCAAAAUAUUCCCUUAGCUUGUUGUUUUUCAU